AUGAAUAGAGCCGCUGCGCACGCUGGUACUUGGUAUAGUGAUCAAGAAUCUCGCCUGAAUAAGGAGCUUUCCAAAUGGCUCGGAAAAGUUCCCGAGACUACUGAAGACAAUAUACCAUAUCCAGUUCAAGGCGCUCGCGCUAUUAUUGCACCUCACGCUGGCUAUUUGCACAGUGGUCCCGCAGCAGCGUUCGCAUACAAAUGCAUAGACCCUCAAGUAGUAAAACGAGUGUUUAUUUUAGGGCCUUCACAUCAUGUUUAUCUUCCCGGAUGUGCUCUUUCCAAGUGUACUGAAUACGAGACUCCUUUGGGAAACCUAACUCUGGAUCUUGAUGUUAUUAACGAACUCGGAAGUACAGGACAUUUCACCGAUAUGAGUCUUGAUGAUGACGAGGCUGAACAUAGUAUUGAAAUGCAUCUUCCAUAUACUUAUAAAAUUCUGGAAAGUAAAAUCGACUCUAUUAAAAUCGUACCGAUUCUAGUCGGAGCAUUGUCUACGUCCAAAGAAGUACUCUAUGGAAAGCUGUUAGCUCCGUAUCUGGAAAAUCCCGAGAAUCUUUUUAUUAUAUCUUCCGAUUUCUGUCAUUGGGGCCAACGGUUCUCGUACACAUAUUAUUCACCUAGUCCCGACAAAAUAGUAAAUUUGUCUUACAAAUCAACCACGCCACUAACGGUUCCCAUUCAUGAAUCUAUCGAAAAGCUCGAUAAAGAAGGGAUGGCUAUUAUAGAAAGAAUUAGCCAUCGCCAGUUCACAGAGUAUCUCGGAAGAACCAAAAACACCAUAUGUGGCAGGCAUCCCAUCAGCGUUUUGCUAUGUGCUUUAGAAGUAUUGACAGCAGGUAUAGAAAAUGGCUUUGAGCGACCGCGCAUUCGCUUCGUCCACUAUGCACAAUCUGGUAAAGUUGUCAACGAGAGAGACAGCAGCGUGAGUUACGCUUCGGCAUACGUUUACAUUCCUGAUACCAAUGGAAAGUCUUAA